CUCCCGCCCGCGGCUGGUGCUCGUCUGGUGGCGGGGGCUGGCGCUUGGUUCCGCGGAGUGGGAGAGAAGUGUGAGCGCUCGGAACUCGGUGCCUUGCUCAGGGGAUGGGAGCACCGCAGCGAGCUGGGUCUGCUGCCAGCCCUUGCCUUCAACUCUUGUCCGGCAGCCUGGCUGUGAAGUGCCCCGGGCAGCUCCCGGUGAGCACCGGCUAAAGGUCGCUUUCUUCUCGUGGCGUGCAGCCGCCCAGAGUUAGCUGUGUGUUCCCAUGUCCUUUCCAAGCAGGAGAAGGCUGGCAUGUUGAAGGCAAAUGCUGUAAAUGCUGGAGGCUCUCUUACCACUUUUACAGCAAAGAGUCCAGAAGGAUUGUGUUUUGUUCCUGCUGCUGUCUUUCUUAAGUUCAAAUCACAAUUUCAAUUUUCUGGUUGUCAGAUUUAAAAUACCUUUUUUUAAAUUGGGUAGACCAAAAAGAAAUCUUAUAUUAUUGGAAGUGUUUAAAAAGAUACCUUUUUAUCAUGUAACACAGCUGUGAAGUGUGUACAUGUUAUACCUCAUGUUUUCUUACAUCUUUAAUGAUUUUCAAACUAUUUUUUAGAAAAGGGUUUAGAAAAAGACUUUUCAUAUACAGAGAGCUUUUGAGAAGUUCCCUGGUUCUUUCUAAUACUAGAAAUACUAGAAGAGUUUCCCACAUGUAUGGUCAGCUUCUGUUGCUUUUUACUCUUCGUGGUCUCCAGAUCAGAAUAUGCUGUGUAAAUAUGGUGCUUUUAACACUUUUACCAGUCCUCACCUGGUCAAUCUCUUGGAAACUGAAUUAGUGUUUUUAGGUGCACAUCUGCACUGUAGCUCCAGAAUCAGGGCUUUAAGGUCUAGAUCUAGAGCUGAUCUGUCACUUCAGAGUUUUCUGUUUCUUUGAGCUGGAAAAAAUUAGUAGAAACUAAGUUUGGAUAACUGAGAAGCGUUUUCUCCACUUUAGAUAGCUGAGAAGCUUUGAUCCCGUCCAUGAGCUACCAGCCUCAGUGGCUUCUGGAUGACCUGAUCAAUAAAAUCAGAUUUUCAGAGCUCUCCCCUAUAUUGCAUUUCCAUUUGUUGUGGUUAAGGAACAUCAGAGCAAAUAAAUUAUAGUAUUUGCUGAUUCUUGCUAAACUAGAUAAAUCUUUUUUAUCUUAAACUAAUUCUUUGCAUAGUGUAUUUCUCUUUUGGAAUUUGUAAAACUGAAAAAAGCAACCCACUGGGCAGGGCACUGAAACUUGAGUUGCCUAACCAAAAUUAUCUUGAGUAAUUAAGCACUGUCAUCACUUCCAACCACUUUUUUAAAAUUGCUUUUUCUUCUCUGACUAAAGAAACAUUCUUUUUUGGGGAAACAUGCCAGGGGGAGAAAAGCUCAUCAUCUGUACAUCUGUGUGCUUUUUUCUUCAUAUAGUGGAAAGGUCAAACAGAAGGUUUCCCUGCACAGUAACUUAAGGGUAUAAAAAGCAGUAGUGGGGGAGAAAAAAAAAAUCGCUGUUAGGUAAGAGCUUGAGACAUUCAGUUGAUUGUGUGGAACAGUUAGGAAAAUACUUCAGAUUUUUUCAUAGACCCUUCUUUUUCUUUCUUCAUGAAGGAAUUGUUUUAAGAAGAGCAUCUGGAAAUUUUGCCUACUGUGAUGAAUUUCAUGCUAUUUAUUACCAAGAAACCCAAAUUAAUUUGGAACAGAGAUGAUCAUAAUGGGAUAGACUUACAUGUAUUUUGUGCUUUUAAUUCUGUAUAGUUGCUUACAAACUAAAAAGUAAAACAUUGUGUCAGAUGUUUUGGGUUUUUUUCAAGAAGAGAACUAGGUGUUGAGGAAAUACAGGUUUUAACUUUUCCCAGUAAAGCUUCAUAUUCUUCUCAUGUUAUGAAGGAAACUACUAUCUGUAUUCAUUAAAGGAGAAACUCUGACCUGUUACCGAUAGGUUUUUUCUUCUUUUAAAAUUCAUUGAGUAGGCAAGAGAAAGAGCCCAAACUGCUUGCAUUUUUGUCUGGUGCACCUAUAUGUGUCAACAAACAUGAAGUUUGAAUCCAAAAGCUUCUGAGUCAGGGUAGCUGCAUGUAAGAUCUUAACCUUCAUAAAGCUGAAGUUAUUCAGCCUUUUUGCUACUGAGAAAGUCAAUUGCUGUUAGAUCCAAGUGCGCCCAAAAGUCCAAGGCAAGAUAUUUGCUAAGUCUAUAGGAGUGAGGUGUGCCUCAGUAAAUUGCAGUCAGACUCUAAAAUUUGAAUGUCCAUGACAAAUGCAAAAUCACAGCUAUGCUUUGUCUAAUGACUGUUGAGUCAGAAAUGCAUUUUUAACGUUUUUCUGCUUCCAAGGAUAGGCAUAACUUCAUGUAGCUGUUUCACAGGCAUGUUUGCUCAGUCUCUUUCGCCAGUAUUGCCAUUCUGCUGUGGCACUAGCGCUGAUGAGGGUAGUUUAUCUGUCACUGUCUCUGAAAAGUAGAUCUGAACAAGAUUAAAUGACAUGUGAAGCACUGCCAACCUGUACCCCUUCGAUGCAGCUUGUACAGUAUAGGUGUCUAUGCCAGGUCUGAAUUAUGUUAUCAUCAUUGAGACCAAUGUGUCCCCAAAACACAAGCCUUUACCAUAGAUAUCGCUUACUUGUUCUAGAAAUUUUUCACUUUGAUACUGAGUCUCUGUGUAAGCAUAGCAGAAGUUCAUAAUAUGAUAUGGUAGACCAAGGUCUGUCUCAACGCUAAUCAAAUGCUAGUGGGCACUCUGCUCAUUUUUUAGUAUACUUCAAUGGUGAAUAUUGCGUGUAAAAAAAUACUUGUUAAAAUAAUAAUGUGGAGCACCAAGAUCAAUUCCUGACACUUCAGACGAAUUACUUAAUGGUAGUGAAGUCAUGAUCUGAACAGGAGGCAUUGAGUAGCUGAUAUGUCAACCAAGAAUAAAAAGGAACAGCUUCUCUGAAAUGGAAUAGGAAAACGCAAGUGACAAAUUGCAAACCUUUUGACAUUGCAGUCAUGAAUUCUUUUUCACAGAAGAGAUAAAGUAAUAAUUGGAGAUACAGUUUUUCUCUGACAGUCCUGUGUGUUGUUUAAUGAAGAUCAGUGGCAUUUAAUUUAAAUUAAAUGGCAUAUAUUAAUACAUUAGUCAGAUGAAUAAUAUUGUUUCCUUUAAAAAAAAUCCUAACCCUUCAGAAAACUUAAGUUUAUCUAAUCUGAAAAUUGAGUUAAAUUACCAGGUAGAGGUAGCAUAAUAUACUAGGAAAAAGACUGAAAAGGUAAUGAAAAAUAUCAGGAGCAGUUUGAGUGUAUUUAAAAUUAAUUUCUUAUUGAAGUAAGAUGCUCUGUACUUCAAACAAUCUCUGACAGAAUUCUAAAGUCAUGGGAAUGGAUUUGUUAGCCAUAGAAAAAGAACCCUGUAAUUUGACGUAAAGCGGUGUGAAAUCCUGUAAGCAUUUAUACUGGAAAAUCAUUUUCCCUGGCAGUAGCCAAAUGUAUGGUUUCAGAAUCCAGUUGGGCAAAAUGAACAACAUCAUUUUCAUAGUAUUGCCUUGUUCCAUCUGUUCUUUCUUGGCUUUAGUGCUGAGAUUCUCAUUCAACUGAUUCAACUGACUUCACUCUCUAACAAGUUCCGGCCAAAAUCCUUCUGUUGGGAUUCUGAACUAUGACAUCAUGGCAAGAUUUCGCAGAAGAACAUGCAUCAUUUUGUUGCUUUUUAUUUUGUUUAUUUGCUCCAUAAUGAUGGCUUUGAAGACUCUGAGACCUGACAGAGCUGGCUUUGGGGAUCCAUUUGGACUUGGUUUGUUGCCAGAGCUUCAACAACGGACAGUGCUCUUAGACAGUAAACAGAACUUGCUAAAUAGGGCUCAAGGAGAUACUGUAACACGUGUCAGUAAUUUGCAUAGUAUUGCUGUUAAUACUAUGAAAGCAUCUAUGUCUCCAGUAAAAAAGCUGGAAGAGGAGCUUUCUUCUCCUAAUUAUAACUUUCACAUAUUCUACUAUACUUGGUAUGGGAAUCCACAGUUUGAUGGUAAAUAUAUUCACUGGAAUCAUCCACUAUUGCCACAUUGGGAUCCCAAAAUUGCAAACAAUUAUCCGAAGGGAAGGCAUAAUCCUCCUGAGGACAUUGGGGCCAACUUUUAUCCAGAACUUGGAUCUUACAGUUCCAAAGACCCUACUGUCAUAGAAGCCCACAUGAAGCAAAUGCGUACAGCUUCAACUGGUGUAAUAGUGCUUUCAUGGUACCCACCAGGUAUGGCUGAUGAAAAUGGAGAGCCAACUGAUGAUUUGGUACCAGUUGUUUUGGACUAUGCACACAAAUAUAACCUAAAGGUCACUUUUCAUAUUGAACCUUACAAAGACAGAGAUGAUCGCAGCAUGUACCACAAUGUCAAGUACAUCAUUGACAAAUACGGAAGCCAUCCAGCCUUUUACAGACAUAAAACCAGCACAGGCAGACUUCUUCCCAUGUUUUAUGUUUAUGACUCUUAUGUAACAAUCCCUGAAAUAUGGGCAAAUCUCUUAACUGUGUCUGGAUCCCAGAGUAUUCGAAAUACUCCCUAUGAUGCAUUAUUCAUUGCACUUCUUGUAGAAGAAAGACAUAAGCAUGACAUUCACAGAAGUGGUUUUGAUGGAAUGUACACGUACUUUGCCACCAAUGGCUUCUCCUACGGCUCAUCUCAUCAUAAUUGGGCAAGUUUAAAAGCCUUUUGUGAUAGUAACAACUUAAUGUUUAUUCCAAGUGUGGGGCCAGGCUAUAUUGAUACCAGCAUCCGACCUUGGAACAACCACAACACCCGGAACCGUGUCAAUGGGAAGUACUAUGAGACUGCCUUCAGCGCAGCCCUUCUGGUGCGGCCAGAAAUUAUUUCCAUUACAUCUUUUAAUGAAUGGCACGAGGGAACUCAGAUUGAAAAAGCUGUCCCUAAACGGACUGGACAGAUGGUUUACCUUGAUUAUAAACCCCAUAAACCAAAUGUUUACCUUGAGCUUACUCAGAAGUGGUCUGAGAAGUACAGAAAAGAACAAGAACAGUGGCUUAUGUGAGUUGUCCCAGCUGCAGUUGUUUUCUAAUGCAUUGACUGUAUUGGGAAAGAAAUUGAGAGCUGAAGAAUCUGUUAGUAAAUGUCUUUAUUGUAUCUUUUGAAUGUAUAUGCACUACUACUGAAUUUUAAUUUUGAAAAGUAAAAAGAUUAUGAGAAUAUUGAUUAUAAGAAUAUUGGCAGUUCUGUUUUACUGGAUAUUUUAGUUCAAAAAUAUUCAGGGAAAACUGUUUGUUGUUCAUUUGUGGCUUUUUUUAACUUUGUAACUUGCAUGCUGAGUUUUCAGAACAUCCGCAUGGGAGUAACGCUACAUGACCAAAGUAUAACAGAAAACUGGCACAGUUUCUUCCUUCCUUUAUUCCUGUAGUUGUGUUUCUAAUCAAACUGAUGCUGUAAUCUAAAUCCUUAUAGCUUCUUGCAGGAUGCAUGUCUGUAGUGUGUGGAAUAAUCUACAUUUACACUUUUUGAUGCUUUGCAUAUGGAGUUCUUGACAUACGACUAGCUUGUGGUAAGAGCACUGAAGAGUUAUGUGUGAUGCAACACCACUGGGUUUUGUUUGGAAAAAAAAGGUAUUUCAAAGAAAGUUCCAAAGAUCUGUGAAAGAUUUCUAGUUUACUUACAUCUUUUCUGUUUGGUACAUGGUGUAGACUUUUGCAGAUUAAUGGAUACUGACCGAGAACUUUUUUCUUUUUCUCUUACUUUGAAUUAAAAAAAAGCUGCAAUUAGAGUGGAAAAUAUUUUUGAGGGGGAAAAAACCCCUAAAGAUACAAAAAAUUCAUUGAAAUUUCCAUUGUUGCUUAUUUUCUGCUAAUUGACUGCAUACACAGACCCAAUGUGCUUUUUUAAAUGUCUAAUUUCUAUACCCAGUAUCUUACUCAUCCUACAAUAACUUAAUUGUUGGAAAUACUUUUUUUGUUUCUGAUUUAGGAGCAACCUAGUUUGGUAGCAAUGAGAGCAACUACCUAUUCAUUUAAUUUAUUUGAAAUCUGAGAUUUCUCUUUUUCAUCUAGUCAGUUUAGUUGUUCCAGGAUUCACAAUUGUAAAUACUAGAAUCUUGCUGUUAUUCACAUAAGCACUCUACCGAUGCUACCUGUAAGACUGUGGUGUGGCUGGAAAUGAGUUUUCCAUUCCUAGGAAUCUCAUCUUUAAAUGUGAUUACUAAUUGGCAUUUUUUAUGAGGUUUGAAAGGUUCAAUCACACAGACAUACCUCCUCAGCAAUACAUUUUUUUGUGAUUUUCAUAGAAUUUCAUAACAAAGCUGUAAACUUCGGAAUAGUAGGAAUUGCAGCAUUUUGUUCAUUUGCAGCAAAUGUUUAAUCCUAGCAAAGUGGAUUCUUUCUUAGUUAUUUUAUUUUUUUAAUUGGCAUAUGAGAUUCUGAUCCUGUGUUUUAGUUCAUAUGCUCAGACUGUUGUGACCACUAGUAACAGCUAGAAUUCCAUUGAUGUCAACAGAACUCAUGAAAAUUACACUCUUUACUCAGACCUCACUGUAAUCUGUCUGUUAAAUGGUAAGGUGAAUGUGAGGACUUCUGUUAAAACAGAAACCAAACUACUAUAUUUUUUCCAGAAAACUUUUUCAUUCCAAAUAAAUGUAAACCUGUUACCACUAUAAAUUUCUAAAGUCUUCUGGUAUGAAAAAGGUUUGUUUAUAUAUCUCUUAUUUUUUUGUCAUUUCUUUGUGCUUGCUCAAGUGAUGAGGUGUCAUCUAAUGCCCUCAGCUGCUUGAAAAAAUGCAGAAAUUGGAUGGCAGAUAUAUAACCUGGCAUGUUGAAAUGUGCCUCUAGAGUUACUGGAGUCUUAUUAAUCUCUCUUCAAAUUUUUUUUUUCAUUUUCGUAUUGCAUUUCUGCGCAGUCUGAAAUGCCUCUGAAAGAAGUGUUUACUAAUGCUUGUUUUGCUGUACUCAGGUGGGUAAAUGGACAUAGGUAUGACCACAGUCAAAAAAUAGUGUCUGAGACGUAAAAAGCACUUGUUAGAUUUUUACCACUUCCAAGUUAACUACUUCCUUUUUUAUUUUACUUAUUUUUGAUAUUACUUAUUUUACUAUAAAUUCCUUAAAUAGCUAUAUGUAGCUAAUUUUUAUAAUUUGUGGUAUGUUUAUGCUUUUGCAGCCCAGAGUCCUUAUAUUUAUUUUAAAUGUGAGGGAACAAUUAAAUGUUUGCAUAUGUUAUUAAAAAAUCUUCUGAAAUCAAACCUAUUGAAAGGACAAGUGUCUUUGUUUUCCCUUAGCUUAAACUUUUGUCAUACACUGGUCUUUUCUCACUGUAGUUUUCUGAGCACUUUACUGGUCUUGACAUCUUUGCACUCACCUUUUAGCCCUUACUUUCUCUUAGUGGCAGUUUAUUUUCUCUGUGACUGUGAAAGUCACUCCUUUGUUGCUGUGUAUAGAAAUAUUUGAAAUCUGUUGUAUGGUAUUGUACCACUGAGGUGAUCUAUCUUGUUUAAAAUGCAGUUUAUGAAAACAGUAUAAUGGAUCUCCAUUACUCAGAAAGACUUCUGGAAUUGUUGUAAAGGUAUCAUUUAACCAUUGCCAUGAAGUGGUUUGGGCCAUGGCACACUGACGUCUAAUGGGACCUUCAGAAGAAUUUGCAGAACUUCUCUAGAAAAGAUUGAAAAUUAAGUGCCUAGAAAUUCAUCACCCCUGAACACUUACUGUAUAUUUAUGUGCUUGAUGUGAUUUAAAACAUAAAUAUGCAACCUCACAUAAUAUUUCAGAGUUGAGAAUUUAAUUUGAUGAUCCUAAGAAAAUCUGAUGGAAAGCAGCUACUAGAGCUACCCCACCUGCCUGACUAAUACUUUCCCUGUACUUAAAGCAAAUCUAUGUGCUGCUUCUUGUCAUAGGGAGUGGAGAGUUUUGCUUAUGGACUGUUGCUGCAGUCAUGAUACUUGAAAUUUAAGUAAAAAUAGAUCCGUGGGAAAGGAUUUGUACAAAUGCAAAGGAAUAAGAUGGUUACAAGGGCACAGUUAAAAGGGACAAGGGAGGAGAAAAGUGAAUAUAUUUAAGAAGGUGGUUACUCCAAGCUUUAAGAUUACAGUAAGGAAAAAAGGGGACUCCAGUGUGCAACCAAAAUUGAAAGGCAGGAAAGAACAUUUCUAAUGAUUUAGAGAUUUGAAAUAGAUUUUAGGAAUAUCUAGAUCCCAUUUAACUUUGGCGUCCCACGAAUUUUACUUCUUGGCCAACUGGAAAAAAUACUAAAAUGACUGGUUUUAAUAUUUUUACACUGGUUAAAUGCAUUUGAUUCUUUAUUUCAUAGUACUUAAAGUGAUAUGGGAAGUUUUAAAAGAGAUUGUGCCGUGUUAUGCCUCUGCACAUACAGAAAUACCUGAAGUAAUCAGUCACAUACUACCAACUGAGUAUUGCCAGGGGGUAAAUGGUUUCUAGUCAAGGAGCGACUUCCUUGUGGUAAAAAGAGAACAUAUUUUCAAAAGAAAAUCUAUAGGUUCAUUUCUGCUUCUGUGAAUUAUGAUCAAGUAAAUUGUUUUAGUUCUGUGAGCUGUCUCAGAACUGAAGCUUAGUGCAUCAACUCUGAAAUAAUGUGUAUUAAAUCUUGUAUAGUAGUGCAUGUCUGUCAGAGCUAUAAUCUUACACUGAACUUUGUGGGCAAACGUGCUGAUGCUGUUAUGGUUUUAGUGGCAAGCUGUAGAUUAUUGUGGAUAUAGUUUUGCACUGAUGUUCAUCGUCUUUGUCUAGUGCAUUUCUUUUGAGGUGCCAAUGAUUUAUCUCUUAAGAAGUUGUUGAAGCAGAAGGUUCUUCAGUGAAAAAAUUUUUGUUAUGAAAUUGGUGUGUAUAUUCUCUGCAUAGUUUGAAUUAAGACAUUUCACACAUGGUUCUUAGAUUCAGUUGAAAAUAUCUCUCAGGAGUGUUUUCAGCUCUCUGGGCACAUGGGUAAGGACUUACUGUGAUUUAGGGCUCUUUUUUUUUUCUGAAUCUCAUGAACACAAAAAGAAGAAAUAAAGAAUUUAUAAACAAAUUAUUUGCCACUGAAUAUAAGAUGAAAAUCUCUCUCCCAGUCCUUCAAGUACUUGUCUUCAUCUUUCUGUGUCAUUAAGAUUGUGUCAAUGUUUUGUUUCUUUUUAUCUUUUACUUUUGACCAGCAUGCUGAAUGUUCUAUAAAUUUCUAAAGUGACUGUAUUUUUAAGAUUUCAUAGUUGGAAUAUUCUGUAAAGAGAAUCUACAAGAAUAGUAGCAUGGCAGAAAAGCCUGAUAUGAAUUUCAUAUUGUAUAGGUGAACUUGUUGUGAAUGGAUAGCGUGUGUUUAUAUUAAUUGAACAUAAAUAAAAAAUACCUUUCUUUUAAUACCCUACAUGGCUGUGACAGAUAUGAAUUUGCUUACAUAAAAAUAAAAAAUGUUUAUGUGUCUGUUUCAGUAUGUGCAUAUACCUGAAGUCAUGAUUUUUAAAAUAUAAUGUCACUGUAAUAAAAUUACAGACUGGAUUCUGCUACUUCUAAGUAAGCAAUGGUUUUAAUUCCCUGUGAUAUUUACAGAAGACCUUUUUGCUUAUGAAUGUUUUCAUGAAAAAUAAAUAUAUGCCCAAAAUUGUGAUUUUUAAA